UUGAAGUUUUACAGAUUUUUGUAGUAGAGGUGUCUGAGGAAAAAGUCAUCAACUUUUUGUCAAUGAGUCAGGAGAACUUUGCUGCUGUCACUUCUAGCCGAACAGCUGGAUAACUCAUCUCAUCAUUCCUUUCCGAGGGUCUCCGAACAAGACUCAAGAGAACCAGUAUCGAUGUUUUCCUUCAGAUUCUAGUGAUUAGGUGAUUUACUUGAAAAUAGUUGCGUUUUUUCCAACAAUAAUACUCUCUUUCCAUGUUUUUUCUUCCUUCUUACCUCAGGCUAAAGAACUGAUGUGCUAACUGAUUCCAGAUGUGAGGAGAAAGAGCAGUGACACCGUAAAUAUGACAUACCAUCAUAUUUGUUUGUUUCUUGCUCUUCCUUGAUAGUUAAUGUGUAAUCUUGAUAGACCGUAUUAGGCGUGGUGUUGCUUGACGCCUUUGGCCAUGCAUAUAUUGUCGAGAUCUGUGAGAGGGUACAUAGUCUGAAGCAGGACAGCAAGUUCUAUUUGCUAGCCUCUCUCUUUGGGGUUCCUAAGAAGUACGAGACAUGGGCAAAGGAGUGUUCAUGUCCAAGAGCCUGGCCAUAGCCAUUGGGGUUCUUACGGUCUCCUCUGUUUGCGCUGUUGUGGCAAUGCUUGUGGUCUACAGAAUCCAAAUAGCAAGAAAUCCUCCAAAGCCUCCACCAACUCUACAAACCACAACGCCUAUCCCAACCGCACCACCGGCGAGUCUUAGGCUCCCUGACCAUUUGAUUCCGGAGAGCUAUGAGGUGUUUCUCCAACCUCACCUUUACGCAGAGCUGCCUGACAACAUUACGGAACAAUCCUUCGUUUUAAAGGGAAACUCGACUGUGAGGUUAAGGUGCAUCAAAAGCUCCAAAAGCAUCUUUCUUCAUGUACGGGGCCUCAACGUCACAGAUGUGAGAGUGACAGACAUUGAUUUCGGUAAGAGGCUAUCAGUGAGCCACUAUGAAAUACAUCAGAAUGAAAGUAAUUUCCUGGAGAUCCAGCUCGAGGACGUGUUGCUUGGAAAUGGGAGCCGCUAUGAACUUUUCACUGCGUUCGAGGGAGAACUUCUGGAUGAUUUGACUGGGUUUUAUGUGAGCCGGUACACAGUAAAAGGAAAAGAUGACAAGGAAGAAGUGAGAUUCCUUGCCACAAGCCAGAUGCAGCCAACAGAUGCCAGACAAGUAUUUCCUUGCUUUGAUGAGCCAGCUUUGAAAGCUGUGUUUAAUAUUACCAUUAUCCACAGACCUGAAACCACUGCGAUGUCUAACACAAUCGGAGUGCCAGUUAUUAAGAUAAUAGAUGGAGAAGAAUGGCAUGUUACUACAUUUAAUCCGACCCCUGUCAUGUCAACCUAUCUAUUGGCUUUCACCGUAUCUGAUUUUAUGGGUAAACAGGACUCUCCGAGAUCAAAAAUAACAACAUACGCUCGAGGUGAUGCUGUUAAAGCUGGACAUGCUGAUUAUGCAGCCCAAACGACAAAAAAGAUUCUGGAAUUCUAUGAGACAACCUUUGGAUUGAAAUACCCAUUAGACAAACUAGAUCAAAUUGCCGUGCCGGACUUCAGUUCUGGAGCGAUGGAAAACUGGGGUUUAAUUUCAUACCAGGAGUCAGGUCUACUUCUUGAGGAAGACACAUCAUCUAACUUUGAUAAAGAAUGGGUGGCCACUAUUAUUGCUCAUGAAUUAGCACAUCAGUGGUUUGGAAACCUUGUCACAAUGAGAUGGUGGAAUGACCUGUGGCUGAAUGAAGGAUUUGCAACAUAUAUGUCAUACAUGGGAGUGGAAGCUGCUGAUUGGAACUUAAAAGAUCUAAUCGUUCUCAAAGAAAUCCAUUCCGCUUUUCAAGUGGACUCCUUGAACUCUUCCCAUCCAUUGAGCUUACCUGAAGGGGAUGUUGAAACAUACUCUGACAUCAUAGAACUUUUUGAUGGCAUCACCUACAGCAAGGGUGCUGCUGUGUUGAGAAUGUUGUCAACAUAUAUAGGAGAAGAAGAAUUUAUGAAUGCAAUUAAAACGUAUCUUCGCAAGUUCCAGUACAUGAACCCUGUGUACAAAGAUCUUUGGAAAUGUCUGCAAGAGGAGACCAAUAAGGACGUGGAAGCCUUUAUGAGCACAUGGACUGAGCAAAUGGGCUACCCGGUGAUCACCAUUACAACCCAGACGGGCGAGAUCUCUCAGGAACAGUUCUUUCUGAAGCAGACAGAGGGCCAUGGAAUUCCAUGGCAGGUUCAUAUUAUAUUCUCUCAGUCUGAUUCUCAGCAAGUGGAGGAUGUUUUACUGAAAGACAAAGAUCCAGUGCUAAAUCCCAAAUUCAAAGUUGGCAAAGAUGAAUGGAUUCUUGCCAACAUCAACUGUACUGGUUUCUACCGUGUGAACUACGAUGAAGAAAAUUGGAAUAAACUACGCAUGCAACUUGAAAGCAAUCAUCAUGUCAUUCCAGUCAUCAGCCGAGGGCAACUUAUUGAUGAUGCAUUUAAUCUUGCAAGGGCCGGACGUCUCAAUGUCACUAUAGGACUAAGUUUAACCAAAUUCCUGAAAAAUGAUACUGAGUAUAUACCAUGGGAGUCAGCACUAAAAAACCUGGACUACUUCCUCCUUAUGUUUGAUCGAUCUGAGGUCUAUGGUCCGAUCAAGAAAUACCAACUCAAGCAAGUCAAAUCACUAUAUGAGACCUUUGAGGCACAUAAUAUGAAUGGAACCAUUCCUGAGAAACACACUGACCAAUAUAACCAGGUAAACGCUAUUAAAGUCGCCUGCACCAGCGGCCUUCCUGAGUGUCUAUCAAUGGCUACGAGUCUGUUCAGACAAUACAAGAAUUCCACAAAUCCAAUUCAUCCAAAUUUAAGGAGGGCCAUCUAUUGCAGUGCAAUAGCAGCAGGGGAUGAGGAUGACUGGGAGUUUGCUUGGGAAGAGUUUCAAAGAGCUACAGUCGCCGGAGAGAAGGACAAACUGAGAUAUGCUCUAUCAUGUACCAAAGAAAUAUGGUUGCUAAACAGAUACCUUCAGUACACUCUUGACCCUACCAAGAUAAAAAAGAUGGAUGUGGUCUCUACCGUAACCUACAUUGCCGAAAAUGUUGCCGGACAGCCUCUUGCCUGGGAUUUUGUUCGUGGCCAGUGGUCCUAUUUGACACAAGAGUACGGAGCUGGAAUCAUAUCUUUCAACAGUCUGUUGGAUAGCGUGACAAAGAGAUUCUCCACAGACUUUGAACUCGAACAGCUGAAGCAGCUACAGAGAGAACUGGAUGAGAAAGAUCACGAGUUUGCGACUCGCACUUUGGAGCAGGUCAUCGAAAGGACAGAGGCAAAUAUUGAGUGGGUGACAGAAAACAAGCAGAUUGUUUUGGACUGGUUCAAUGGAGAGCUGAAGAACGACUGAGAUUUUGGAGCUCUGUAUAAUACAGCGUACACAGUGGAGCAAGCACAAUGAGAAACAGAUGUAAAGGCAUUCCACAAUGAUGGCAACAUCCCUGUGGUUCUGUGCUGCUUUAAAACACAAGAAGUCGUUCACGGGAAAAUUAUUUAAAACUGCAAUGAGCUACAUAACAUGUUCCCUGUGCCAAAUGCACAAAGGGGUAAACAUCAUCUUUUGUGUACGCUUUAGAGAAAAGACUGAAAUUAAUAUGCUCAGUCCUUUAGGACAGCUGAAUUUAUUAUUUUUAAAAUGAUGUAGUCAUAGAAGUUUAUAUAACUAACCCAGUAUUGUUUACAGUGAUAAAAUCACAUAAAGCCUUAAAGUAUAGCUGUAAUAAGGAAAUUUUAUUGUUGUAUGCAGUAUGUCAAAUUAUAAACAAACAAGUAUUUAAAAAAAAUAUGUGUUGUUAUAAACAACCUUUGUUAAUUUUCUCAUUUUGUGAUAUUGUUCCAUACCAAAGGUUUCUUAACUGAAACUUGUGUUUUAAACAUCUAAAUAAUUAAAGUGCAGUCUUUUUA